AUGGAGUCUCUUUCUAGGGUUUCUGGGAUGCUGGAAACAGCUCGAGACCUGACUCUCGAAGCUGCACGCGAUGCCAGCAACAUGCGCAGGACAACGACUCGCACAACUCCUGCUGCGCAAUUGAAGAAGCUUCUGGAUAGUCGUAGUGAGCGCGAAGUGCUAGAAGGUCUACGACGGGUCAUUGCUAUGACCUAUCGUUGCCAACAUACCCUCCCCUUCUUCAGUGCAGUGGUCAAGAACAUUGCUUCGCCAAACCUCGAAAUCAAGAAGCUGGUAUACAUCUACCUCCUCCACCAUGCCGAAGCCGAGCCUGACACCGCACUCUUGUCCAUUAAUACCAUACAAAAGUCACUUCGAGACUCAAACCCCCAAGUGCGAGCUCUUGCGCUACGAGUAAUGUCAGGAAUCAAGGUUCCUGUUAUAAGCCAAAUCGUAUCACUAGGCAUAAAAGGAGGUGUUGGAGACAUGAGCCCUUACGUGCGGAAAGCUGCUGCAUUAGCAAUACCCAAAUGCUACCGGCUCGACCCGAACACUCUGCCUCAGCUGUUGGAACACUUGUCCAUUCUUCUCGGUGACAAGCAGUACUAUGUCGUGGGAGCCGCUGUUGCGGCAUUCCUUGAGAUUUGCCCAGAGCGUCUUGAGCUUAUCCACGGUCACUAUCGUAGCUUGAUCCGCAAACUGGUAGACAUGGACGAGUGGGGACAAUUGGCAACCCUCCAAUUAAUGCUCGUGUACGCACGAAAAUGCUUCCCAAGAAGAACACGACGGGUGAAGAAACCCACAGCCGCGGCACCAUCAAAAGGCACCAAAGGCUUCUACGACGACUCCUCCGACGAAUCUCCCGACGACGACACCCAAUACACCACCGAAGCCGUCCUCGACCCCGACCUCGCCCUCCUACUCAACGCCAUGGAACCGCUUCUUUCUUCACGCAACUCCGCCGUAGUUGUCGCCGUCACCCGCUGCUUUCUCUACCUCGGCGAUACAACCCACAUCUCCACCGCCAUCGGCCCUCUCAUCGCCCUCUUGCGCACCCCAACCUCAAUGCAACAAAUCGCCCUGCACAACAUCGUCCAGAUCUGCCUCCUCCACCCCCAACUCUUCGUCCCGCACUACCGCCACUUCUUCAUCCGCGCAACAGACUCCCCGCAGAUCUGGACCCUCAAACUCGAACUCCUGACCCUCAUCUUUCCCUGUGCCCCGGCCCGCCUCCAAAGUCUGAUUCUCGCCGAACUCAGUCACUUCUCGCGCUCCGGCAGUAGCUACGAUGCCUCGCUCGUCCGCGAAGCCGUCCGUGCGAUCGGACGCUGCGCGCAGAGCUCUCAGGACCCAGGCACGAGCGCCCGCUGUCUACGGCUGUUGCUCGCGCAUAUUGGCACGGCGGACGCGCAUCUCGUUGCCGAGUCGCUGGAGGUCAUAAGACAUCUCAUACAGCGCGAUCCGGAUGCGCACCGGAAUACUGUCGUGCGGCUCGCGAAGCACCUUGACGUGGCAACUUCGCCGCAGGCUCGUGCGAGUAUCAUAUGGCUCGUGGGCGAGUUUGCCGCUGUGAAUGGCUCGUUGAGUGACAGCAUUGCGCCUGAUGUUUUGCGCAUCCUGGUCAAGGGCUUUGCAGAUGAGCAGGAGCCGGCGAAGCUGCAAAUUCUGCUGCUCGCGGCCAAGGUAUACUUGCAUCACUUGAAUGAAACACAACCACAUAAAUCACAGGUUCACGAAAAGACCAAUUUAGUUGAAACUACGAGCUCGACACUAUUUGCAUCUGCACUAGAAGGCGACGACGCUGGCUUCCGCGAUACGGCCGACGAUGUAGCUUCACCCGAGGUUCCGAGUACUCCGGAGCACCCAAUCAUCCUCUUAUGGCAACACACUUUACUGCUCAUCCGCUACGAUACAUCCUAUAAUCUACGCGACCGAGCGCGCGUAUUCCGCAACUUACUUAGCGUGCCAUCUUCGACUGCCCUCGCAUCAUUACUGCUUCUCGCACCCAAGCCCGUGCCGCAGAUCCCCAACCCAUCAAGCGCGCGUAAAAACUACACAUUGGGUAGCGCUAGUCUCGCAAUUGGAGACGAGGUUGGUGUCAGUGGCUUGCGCGGGUACAAGGAUCUGCCAGAGUGGGUGAAGGCUGGUGACGAGCCUGGACCAAGGCUCCGUGAUGCAAUAGGGGCAAGCAAGGUCGAGUAUGGCGAGAAGACGCUUAGCGCAAGCGAACAGCUCGAUCGAGGAGCGGGAAUAACAGAGCCAGUCGCUACGCCACAUAAGGCGAAUGGAGUGAAAGAAAAGACGCUUGAUGACUGGCUGGCAGAAGACGAUGCGGGAGAGGAAGAGAGUGAGGAGACGGAGACAGAGAGCGAGGAGACAGAGGAGGAGAGUGACGAUGAUGAUGAGGAGGAGUAUGAAGAGGAGACGGAUGACGACGAUGAUGAUGAACAUGAUAGAUUAGUGAAAUAA